CUGCGGCGUGCCUCUGUUAGAUCAACAUAAACGCCGACGGUCUCAGAGAAGGACUAACUAACCGAGGAGCAAGCCGCAGCCUGUACAUACAACCAGGAGAUUUAGACACAUUUACUGCUGCAAAGCGCGGAUGUCACUGUAGUUUAUUUAUUGCUGUUCUCAACGGAGCUGUUUUAAGUCAAAAAACACUGAUAAGGACACACAAGGAGGACCCCGUUUCUCGGGUAAGCUUGUUUCCAGAAGCUAUCAGCUAACUCAACAUGCUAACGAAGUAGAGAUGCUAAUGCUAACUGACUGGCCAUGUUGUUUUGUUGCGACUUAAAAGUUUUUGAUUCAAUAUGCAACCUCCUCUGCCCAUUUAGUGAGCACAAAAUUAUCAUUUUAGUGUUGCUUUUAUUGGCUGUGCGAUGCUGUUUUGCGUUGAGACCACAAUCGGUGAUGAUGGUGAUGAUACCGGCUGCAGCUGUGUUGUUUGUGUUUUUAGCUGUUUGCUAACCUGCCAGCUUUGCUUGCGUCACGGAGCUAGCUGUUGCUGGCCAUGGCUGCAAAGACCUGAACAAUGGGUCUCCUGUGCGGCUUUGCAGUCUUAACGUGCAGCAUUGUUGCAGGUCUUUUAAUUAUUGUCUAUUGGCGUUUUAGCAAUAGUUCGUGAUCCUACAAAUCCCCGCACAGAGGCAACACUGCCAAUUAAGCCCGAGGCUCAUAAUUCAACCCAGAGGUUAAGUAUUACCUGUGGCUGCUCUGCAAACAGCUUGCAAAGGAUGAUGAAUAUUUCAGUCCAACCUGUCAGCAAACACCAGAGAUGCGCCGAUCCAUUUUUUUAACAUCCAAUCUGAUACCGAUACCCGGGCUGAGCGUAUCGGCCGAUAUCGGAUACCGAUUUAAUACUACUGUUGAAUGAAUGAACUCUAUACCUUGCCCUGUGAGUGAAUGCAUCAGGCUUGACAUUAGCCUUGUUAAAAAAAGGUGACUAAUUCUCAACUCAACUCAAAUUAACACACAUAUAAAUUUACUUAAUAUUAUUUAUUAACAAAUAACGACUUGCAUAUUAGCACACAGCAAAAAGAAGUAAGAGUUACAUGUAAACAUUUAGUGCAAAUGGAAAGACAGACAUAGAGUUUAGAGCGAACAGAAUCACUGUGUUGCUGUGUAUGAUAUUAAUUAAAAGAAAAAAGAAACCGGAUCGGAGUGCUAGAUCGGCAUCAUUCAUCAGAUAUCUGAUCCACUUAAUUUGUCAAUAUCGGACCUGACAGUGCAUUCCUAGUAAACUCCACAUAUGAGGAGCAUUUCAAAACCAAAGGUUAAGGGUUAAGUGAGCCCUAAGGUCCCAAAAGCACCAGUGUUGCCAUGUAACCUCAGAGCCGUGUUGUGAAAUGUUACUGAACAGCCUGAGAUAUAGUAAACACGCACAGAGAGAGAGAAAACAUGUGGAAGCCUAAGUCACAGAAUAGUUUGAAGGUCUGAGACCUCACGUGUGUUGUGUUGGAGGGUUGCAUGGGAUUAAGUUACACCAGCAUGUUCUGUACUAGCUGAGUGCUUCAUGUGCUCACCUUUCAGAUACACUGUUGUUACCAUGUUUAGUCAUUUUUUCCCCUGAUCUUUUUCUCUUUUUUGCAGGGUUGAACUCUUCCCUCUCUUUAACAAAACAAAGUCGGGAGAAAGAAACUGUAUUGAUAUAAUGGAGAAUUUGCACUCCCACUGCCUUAAAUGCAUCAACAGAAGAUGCAUGACCAGAACAGAGGCUGGUGUUUGCUGUGACCUCAUCGGCUGCCCUCUCGUCUGCGGUGCGGUUUUUCACUCCUGCAAACUAGAGGAACACCGUCUGCUGUGUCCGUAUGAACGCCUACCAUGCCUAAACAGCGGGUUUGGCUGCCCGUUCACUAUCACAAGGAUCAAGAUGGCACAACACCUUGAAACUUGUCCAGCAAGUAUAGUGUGUUGCACCAUGGAGUGGAAUCGUUGGCCCGUGAGCUACUCUGACCGCAAGUCCUACGAAAACUUGAGCAAAGACUUUGACGAGGUAGAGCAGCUUGACAUGGCUUUGGCCCUGCAGGAUCAGAGGAUGUUGUUAGAGUCCCUUAAGGUUACAACCACUGUGUCAAAGAAUGGAGAUAAGGAAGCAGAUGAAAGUGACAAGAUGGCCACAGCAUCAAGUCUUCCAGAGACUGUGUCGAGUAACAUAACUGUGGAAAUGGAAGAGGAGCCCUAUAAUGAGUUGUAUCGAGCCUCGGUGGAGACCAGCAGAAGUUUAGCAGCAGCCUUGGACAUCCUCACUAGUUCCAAGGAGAUGGGUGUCAUAGUGGGAAAUAUAAACGGGGAAAACACUGACAAAAAUGGAGCUCUGCACAACGGGGAAAAUGGUGAUAGUCAUCGUGCUCAUGGUGCUGAAGGUGGGAAGAAUGUAGACAUGCAGGAGAGCGACUCUGAUUCAGACUGUGAGCUCGGGGCAGUAGGUGGUGUGGAUUGCGCAGAGGGAACAAAUGGAGAGGAAAAUGGAGUUGGAUGGGUUGAAGAGAAUUAUUUUGUCGAGUUGUUUUUUGAAGAGGAAGAGGUUGAGGAGAGUAUCGAGGAGCCAAAAAAUGAUUCCAAUCUUGUCUGGCCAGAGAUGCCUCAGGAUUACAUGCCUGUCAUAGCACUGGAACCUCCUGUGCCUCAGCAAGCACCUCUUUCGCCUCCAAUGCCAUUCCUGCUGUCUGAUCACGUGAGAAACAAUUUCUUACAACACUUACCUUCUGAACUCAGGUACAGGUAUUUAGAGCGUAAGCUGCAGAACGUAGAAGUGCUCAGAGGAAUAAGUAUGUUUACACUAAAUGGUCGCCGAGCUCUGCUGUCAGACCCUUACCUGUUUCGGGCAAAGAUGGAGGACAAGGCUGUUGACACAUCUGACUUGGAAGUAGCAGAUGACCCCAUGGGCCUCCACGGCAUUGAUCUGAUCACUGCAGCUCUGCUCUUUUGCCUUGGGGACUCUCCAGGAGGCAGAGGAAUCUCAGACAGCAGGUUUGUUGACGGCUACCACAUCGAUUUUGGUACUCAGACAUUCUCCUUCCCUUCAGCUAUUCUUGCAACCAACACCAUGGUGGGAGAUAUCGCCUCUGCCUCGGCCUGUGAUCACGCCAGCCCACAGCUUUCCAACCCGAGCCCCUUUCACACCUUAAGGCUGGACCUGGUGCUCGAAUGUGUGGCGAGAUACCAAACAAAGCAGCGCUCCAUGUUCACGUUUGUGUGCGGGCAGCUGUUCCGACGUGACGAGUUCUCAUCACACUUCAAAAAUGUUCACGGGGAUAUUCACGCCGGACUCAACGGCUGGAUGGAGCAACGUUGCCCUUUGGCCUACUAUGGCUGCACCUACUCCCAAAGACGAUUCUGCCCAUCUGUGCAAGGCUUCAGGAUCAUCCAUGACAGGCACCUCGGCUCAUUCGGGGUUCAGCCUGGUUUGCCCUUAAAAACCGGGGACACCCCCCUAAGAAAUGGCUGCCACUUACGGUCUCAGAGUGACCAAUUCAGCAAUCUUCCAUUUGAGGUUUUGCAACAUGUAGCCAGCUUCCUGGAUAGCUUUAGCUUGUGCCAACUGUCCAGAGUGUCCCGCACCAUGAGGGAUGUGUGUGCUAGCCUGCUUCAGGUGCGCGGCAUGGUUGUCCUGCUGUGGGAGAAGAAGCGACGAGCCGAUGGGUCUACCUCAUGGCAGAUCACUGACAAGGUUAGCCAAAAAAAAACAUGAAACAGAUCUUCUCUGUGCAACCACGAUAUACCGAUGCACUGUCACACUAUCAGGCGUGAUUGAUUUUUUUUUGUUUUGGUUUCAGGUGUGGCGAUUCAGCACGGCGUUCGGGACAGUGAAUGAGUGGAAGUUUGCCAACAUUGCCAGCAUGGCAGACCACCUCAAGAAGUGCAAGUUCAACACCAUCACUCGUAAAGAGGAAGCAAUCCCUCUGCCGUGCAUGUGCUUCACCAGAGAGCUCACGAAGGAGGGGAGGUGUUUACGCUCAGUUCUCAAACCAGUAGCAUAAGAGACAUUUGAGGAUGAAAUCAUCCUGUGGACAAUUCUAAGACCACUAGAACUCAAGAAACGUGUAUUAUACUCUCCAGUGUUUACAGACUUUAGUCCCAUCCAUCCUCAAAAAAGUAGAAUACUCCGAAUUUAACAGUUCCAACCAUUUAAUUUUCGUUGCCUCACCUUUGAAAUGAUCUUUACUCCGUUUUGAAACAGCCAGUCGAUUCUCCAGUUGAGGUUGACGUGCUGUGAUCUCAGAUCAGGACUGAAAACAAGAAACAUAAACGAACCAGCCUUGUUUUUCUUCCUCUCUGAUGGACUUCUAAAACCCUGAGUACUGAAGCUGUAUCCUCCUACUCUGACUUUAUGUAAAUAAUCAGAUGUUUUGAUGUAGAAUUUUUUUAUUUUUAUAUCAAAAAGACAGUACUGUGCUACGAUGGAGGUAAGAGUAGAGCCUUAACCUAAACACUUGAUUUUCCAGGCAUGAGGUUGUUCAGGGCAACUCAGCGAGAUUUCUCUGCUCCGUGCUGGAACAAUUUACUGGUAUCUUGUUUUAUAUCUUGCCCUGAUACCAAGAGUGACCAUGUGGGCUCUGCUGUGAGCUCACGGCUAUGACGCUACAUUUCAAGACUGACCAAACAUCUGUGGUAGCCAUGCACAAUGUAUGUCAUUUUAUUGAGAUGGCUAUACUGUAUUCACUGUGGGAGUUGAUUUCUUUUGUUCACCAGCAUUAGCAUGUCACCAUCAUCAUGUUUUGGUGUUUAAAUGUAGUGUGUUUUGUGGUUUGGAGAAAUCACCAGCAGUUUGUAGGUUAUUUGAGACUAAAAUGUAGCAGAUAAAAUAUGAAUGUAGUCAGCCGAUAAGAAUCCAUCCAUGGUUUGAAAAUCCUUACAAGUAUCUUGAACGCUUCAGAUACAGAUACAAAUAUGAUUCAGUAUGAGAAUAGCAAACAACUGUGUGUUUGUAAUGGUAGAGGUAGCAAAAAAAAACCAAAAGUUGUUUUCCAUAACAGUUUUGAAGCUGUGUUUUUAUAGCUAAAGUUAAGAAAAUCCACAUCGCCAAAUCCAAACAAAACAAAGAGUUCAUGUCACAAACGAGAAGCUCUCCACACACAAGACGGGUUAUGACCUGAGCUGCUGCUAGCGGAUUCCUUCAGUAAACUUAGCCAGGCCAUUCAACAUUUAAAGAUAUCCUAUCACCUCCUGAAAGGGUUAGUAGUAUACAACUUUAAAAAAAUGAAAAUAAUAUAUAUAUGAUAUGCUAUUUUUAUUUUGCAGGUGUUGGACGGGUGUAAUAAAUCAAUCAAUAUUGAAUUAUUGCAGAAAAAUGGUUUCAGAGCAACUCUAGUUUCUCUUCGUCCGUGUCAAACCUCAUAAAACCCUGCAGGACAGGUGUAAAGAAAAACUAUACCGGGCUUCUUUCCCCUUCCAAAAAACAAACAACAUCAGAACUUUUGUUUUCAUUGAUAACUGAUCGAUGUUGUGAGGUUUUGGCACCGCAGGUCCACUGUAUUCAAAUGUUGGCAUCUCAGGGUUGUAGCAUGAAGCUUUGUCUUGCAGUAGUUGUGUGUUUAGUUGACAGGAUUGCUGGGAAUAACACGACAUGUCAGCUACUUGAUAAUUGUGGGGUCUUAACUGACUGGUGUACCAUUCAGUAUUAUAAUGACGUAACAGUGUGUGUUGCAGUGCUGGACUAACAAAUUACAGGUUUUCAUGUUUGUCAUCCAUCAGGGUCAAGCUAAACAGGCAGUCGGGAGACAUGUAGUUUGAUUUUGUUCUGGUGUGAUCGGAUUUGUUGAACACGGUUAAAAUGAUACUACAGGUUUGAGUUAAGAUAAAACAUCUAAUUCAACACAUUUUGAUCCUUUUAUGUGAGGAAAAAGCUUAAAAUGUCUUGCAUUGUUGAAAGGAAAUGGGUCUAAGAUAUCAGAAAAGUAAUGUCCCUCUAAGAAAACUUUGUUUUUAUUGUUUUUAUACUUUUGAAGUUUGAUGUGAAGCCCGAGCAAUGAUGAAACUAAGCUGCGUUUUUACUCUGAAUAAGUCCUUAUCCAUGUUUGGUUUAUUUCUUAUUUUUGUACUGGUACUUGUAUUUUGAAAGAAAACAAAUCAGCCUCUGUUAUGUUAGGAGUUGUCUUUGAAUUAUUGAUUUGCACAUGAAGGCAUGUACUGUAAACAUAAAUCAUGACUCUGAGGGGUUUCUCUGCUCACCUUUGAGCCGUUUUACUCCCUCUUGUUUUGCAUGUGAGUUUGGUGUCUUUGACUAAAGUAUCAGCCACUUAUGUUGCAGGUUUUUAAAAUGUACUCCUCAGGCACGCUGUAUCUUUUUAGUACAUUUUCAUAUUGACUGUUACAUUAAAAAGAUGUAUUAAAAUUUAACGAUAUCUGAGCACACACCCUCAUUGUUCGGGUUUAAUGACGGAUUUAAGCGAAUUGCCUGAGUAUGACCAGUCCUUUUUUUCUUUGGAGGUUUGUACUCCAUUUAGUUUGAUGUAUUAUAUCUGCAGCACACCUCCUUUUGUAAUGAUGUUCUCUCUGUAGGCACUUGGAGUGUAUCAACACUUGUGUCCUUGUGUCAGCAUUUUACUUUUUUCCACUCCUGCUCAAGUGAAUUUUCACCGCAAUAUGCCGGCUUCAUUUGUUCAUCUUUUGAAGCGUUUUAAUAAAGAGGCUCUGUUUGUAA